UAAUUAUACAGCGACGAGGACACUAAAUGGCUUGCAUGGAUGGAAUUAAAAUUUAAAGAUAUCGCUGGUGACAAGAAAGAAAUUGAUUUUGAGGCGUUUAAGAAAGCUCUUGGUGUGAAAAAAUCUUUCUUUGCCAAGCGAUUUUUCGAAUUAUUUGAUCAAAACUCCAGUGGAACUCUCGAACUUGGCGAACUGAUGGACGGUUUGCGCAUGCUCACUAAAGGAACUCCAGCUCAAAAAUUACAAUUUCUGUUCGACGUAUAUGAUGCUGACGCAAGUGGGAGUAUCGACAGAGACGAGUUUAUGGCAGUCCUUAGGGCUUGCAUGGAGGAGAGCUCAUUAUCCUUGACAGAAGACAAUUUGGAGGAUCUGACAGACGUGUUAUUUGAUGCAGCUGAUGAGGACGAAUCAGGGACGAUAACUUUUGAGGAAUUACGAACAGCGUUAGAGAAACACCCGGGAGUAAUAGAGAAUCUUACUCUAAGUGCAGCUCAAUGGCUUAAACCCCCGGAUAGUUCAAAGGGAAAGAAAAGCAGAUUGCGUUAUUUUACAUCUGACUACUGGAAAAAUAAUUAUCGAAAAGUUGCAUAUUUCCUCAUCUACUGGGCACUAAACAUUGUUCUAUAUGCAGUGGCUAUGUGGCAGUACAGAGAGUCGAACACUUGGAUUAUGUUCGCACGAGGCGCUGGGCUGUGUUUGAACUUUAACUGUAUGUGGGUACUUGUACUGAUGUUAAGAAAGAGCUUGACAUUCAUUCGGAUGACAAAACUGGUGCAUAUUCUCCCUCUAGAUCAGCACAUCCUAUUUCAUAAGAUGACAGCAUGGGCCAUUGUAGGAUUCUCACUUGUUCAUACGAUGGCUCAUAUUGGGAAUUCUGUACACGCAGCUAAUGCUAAUGCCAUAGAGAUGUGGGAAGUAUUGUUUACAGCCAAAGCCGGUGUUGGAUAUGUUGGUGGUAGCGCAUUUAUAACCGGCUGGUUGUUAGAUAUUGUUCUCACAGUCCUGGUCGUUUGUUCCUUGCCAUUUGUCCGAAGGGGUGGCCAUUUUCAGGUGUUUUACUGGACUCACAUGCUCUAUGUACCAUUCUGGAUCUUGGUCAUACUUCACGGCCCACAAUUUUGGAAGUGGUUCAUAGUUCCAGGAGUAAUCUUCAUCCUGGAGAAAAUAUCUAGGUCAAAGUUCAUUAAGAUGGCGAGAUAUGGGGAUACGUACAUUGAGGAGAUUAAUCUCUUGCCGUCGGGCGUUACACACUUAGUAAUCAGCCGACCAACCAACUUCCGCUACAAGCCCGGCGAUUAUAUUUUCAUCCAGAUACCGGAAAUAGCAACAUACGAAUGGCACCCAUUUACAAUCAGUUCUGCACCGGAAAUGGAAGGGCACAUCUGGCUACAUGUCCGGUCUGCCGGUCACUGGACUAAUAAACUAUACAAACAUUUUGACGAACUGAAGGUCCCUGAUGAUACUGCUGAUAUUGAAGCACUGGUGUCGAGUAACAGAAGCAAUACAAGUAGACGAUUUGAAAAGUUUGAAAGGGCGUAUUCAAGGCGUGUUACAAUGAUGAAGAAAUCAUUUAAAGGCGGUGCAUCAAGGCGUGGCGAAAAACCGAAACAGAAACACAAAGUGGUGAAAGUGAAGUGUUAUGUUGACGGUCCAUACGGAACUGGAACCAGAGAGGUCUUUGACACAGAACAUGCUGUUCUUAUCGGGGCAGGAAUAGGAGUAACACCUAUGGCCUCGGUUUUACAAAGUGUAUGGUAUAGAUUUAAUGCGGUUCGCCAAAAAUGUCCGAAAUGUGAGCACGUUUGGUAUCCCGAAGAAGAUACCUGUGAUAUGAAAUUAAGAAAGGUUGAUUUUAUAUGGAUAAACAGAGAUCAGAGAAGUUUUGAAUGGUUCUUGACGUUACUCAAUCAGAUCGAGGUUGAGCAGAGCAGCCAUCAUGGGAUACUAGAGAACUGUAUACAGAUGCAUAUGUACAUGACCGCUGCUCAGAAAAAGACAGAUAUGAAAGGAAUCGGACUCCAAAUUGCUCUAGAUCUAAUGUAUGAAAAGAGCCAGCGUGACCUUAUCACAGGUUUAAAAACAAAAACAGAGCCCGGGAGACCAGACUGGAAUAAGAUUUUCAAAGCAAUAAAGGCUGAAAAUAAAGGGAAAGUGAAAAUAUUCUUUUGUGGAGCACCGGCAUUAGGCAAAACUGUAAAGGAAAUGUCUGAAAAGUAUAACUUUGCAUUUUCAAAGGAAAACUUUUAGAUCUGGUACACAGAUUCAGCAUAAUUAUCAGCAUGAUCUCUUGUCUUUACUUUGCUUAAUCAAUCAACACAUUUCAUACAUGCUGACAAAGCAGGUUUUUAUAUCUUUAAGAAAGAUGCUAGUGUUGGAUACAUAACAGGUAUUUUAGUUAUGUGUUUUAAUGUCAAGUGUCUGUUAAAAGUUGUGUGAACAUACAUCAUCAGUAAUACGCCAGAUACAGUUUUAUCUUUUUUCUGUGAGAAAGCCAGCUAUAAUGAGUACAUGUACACAGCUGAAAAAUAAAUCUCUUGCAUUUUGAUACACUUUUUUUUUUGCUGUAAAUUUAAUUUUACUAAAUUCAAACUUUAAUAAUAUUUCCCAUGGUAAAUAUUUUAUUGUAAAUAGCAUGUAUAAUAUAAUGUUAUUACUAUAUGUAUCCUAGAAUUUAUUAUUCAAUAAAGUCUGGUUUUACAUUGUUUUCUA